UGCCACGCCCACACAAUUUUCUUGGCCCAAACCCAUCUUCCAUGGCACCAUUCCCACCCCACAAUUCACCAUUACUCUCUUCCAGACCACCUGCAUUCCCAUUUCUCACCACCCAACACCCACACCAUGGCUGCAACCAACCCACCAGACCGCAGAAACCCCAACACUCAACUCUUAGAAGAGCUUGAAGCCCUCAGCCAGACCCUCAACAACACCAACACUUCUUCCAUUCCUCUCACCAAAGGCCGACGAACCAACUCUCUUGUUCUCACUCGAACCUCAAUCCCACCUAUUCUAUCCACUGGCAAAACCGACGACGACGACGAUGAUGACAAUGACGGCAUCAAACUCAACCCGAAACCACGAUCAAGACGCAUGUCUUUAUCCCCCUGGCGGUCUCGUGCAACCGAAGAACCCACCCAGAAACACCAGCCCGUGGCUAGUAAGAACCUGUUUCAGGAUAACAAGCCCACUUCUUCUUCUUCUUCUUCUUCAUCAGAGAAGAAAGGCGGGUUGUGGAACUGGAAGCCGAUUCGGGUACUUUCGCACAUUGGAAAGCAGAAGCUUAGCUGUUUGAUGUCAGUUGAAGUGGUUACUAUCCAAGGGCUACCCGCCUCCAUGAACGGCCUCCGGUUAUCGGUUUCUGUAAGGAAAAAAGAGACUAAAGAUGGUGCGGUACAAACAAUGCCUUCAAGGGUCUCUCAAGGAGCUGCAGAUUUUGAGGAGACUUUGUUUCUGAGGUGCCACGUGUAUUGUGUACCGGCUGGUAACGGUUCCCGCCCAAAAUUUGAACCCAGGCCGUUUGUCAUUCACGCGCUUGCGGUUGAUGCUCAAGAGCUUGAUUUCGGUCGGCAUACUGUUGAUUUGAGCCAGUUGGUUCAGGAGUCUGUAGAGAAGAACUUAGAAGGGACCCGAAUUCGGCAAUGGGAUAUGAGUUUUAAUCUUUCCGGGAAGGCCAAAGGGGGAGAAUUGGUUAUGAAACUCGGGUUUCAGAUUAUGGAGAAAGAGGGUGGAGCUGGGAUUUAUAAUCAAGUUGAAGGGCAGAAAUCGGGUAAAUCGAAGACGUUUUCGCCUUCGUUUGGGCGUAAGCAGUCGAAAUCGUCGUUUAGUAUUCCCAGUCCGAGAAUCCCCACCCGGAGUGAGGCGUAUACAAGUUCUCAAGGAGAGGGGAAUGCCGAUUUUCAAGGGAUAGAUGAUUUGAACCUUGAUGCACCGCCGCAGGAACCGGCGAUUCAGAAGACCGAGCCUGAGCCGGAGUCGAAGGCGGAGGAUCUGGACCUUCCAGAUUUCGAAGUUGUAGACAAGGGGGUUGAGGUGGAAGAAAGAGACGGGGCGGAUGGGACACAGUCCGAAGACAAUAAUUCGGACAAAAGAUCGGUUUCAAGUGAGGUUGUGAAGGAAGUGGUGCAUGAUCAAGUUCAUUUGACGAGAUUAUCGGAGCUCGAUUCUAUCGCUGAGCAGAUCAAAGCUCUUGAAUCGAUGAUGAGGGAGGAGAAAAACGACGAGAAUGAUGAAGAAACCGAAUCACAAAGACUAGAUGAAGAUGAAGAUAAAGUGACAAGGGAGUUUUUGCAAAUGCUUGAGAACGAGGACGGAAAAGAAACCACCGCGUAUCAAGGUCAAGAUGUAAAUACUACUUCAUCUCUUGAUGGUGAAGAUGAAGGCGAAUCAAAGGUAUUCAUACCGGAUCUCGGGAAGGGGUUAGGUUGUGUGAUUCAAACAAAAAAUGGAGGGUAUUUGGUAGCAUUGAAUCCGUUUGAUAAUCUAGUGGGAAAAAAGGACACUCCAAAACUCACAAUGCAGAUAUCAAGACCGAUGGUUUUAGCAUCAAGCGAAUCGUUAACGGGCACUGAAAUCUUUCAACAAAUGGCGGCACUCGGGUUCGAACAACUUAGCUCGGAAAUCUUGUCACUUAUGCCCAUGGAGGAACUUGUGGGUAAAACAGCGGAACAGAUAGCUUUUGAAGGGAUCGCUUCAGCGAUCAUCAGUGGCCGAAACAAAGAAGGAGCCACUUCUAGUGCGGCUCGUGCUCUCACCGUGGUUAAGUCAAUGGCCACGGGUAUGACUACAGGAAGGAAAGACAGGAUAUCAUCGGGUAUUUGGAAUAUGAACGAGAACCCGGUAACCGGGGAUGAAAUACUCGCGUAUGCAUUGCAGAAGAUAGAAGAUAUGGCAGUUGAAGCAUUGAAAGUUCAAGCGAAUAUAACUCAAGAACAGGCUCCGUUUGAUGUUCCGCCUAGCAACAGUGGUAACAGUAACCCGUUGGCAAACGCUAUCCCACUAGAAGAUUGGAUGAAAGAUAAUAGUGUGGUUAGUUCUGACAAGGGAGAUGAACCCAUCACCAUAGCGGUUGUAAUCCAACUGCGGGACCCUAUAAGACAAUACGAAGCGGUUGGUGGUCCGCUUAUUGCAUUGAUCCAGGCGACAUCUGUUGAAGCGGAACUGAAUCAAGAAAAGAAAUUCAAAGCGGGGAGUUUAAACGUGGGUGGUUUGAAACUAAGAAGCGGAGGAAAAAAGAACGAGUGGGAUACGGAGAAGCAGAGGCUAACGGCGAUGCAGUGGUUGGUGGCUUACGGGCUGGUAAAGGCGGGGAAAAAAGGGAAGCGGGUGAUGGUUAAGGGUCCGGAUAUCUUGUGGAGCAUAUCGUCGCGUGUGAUGGCUGACAUGUGGCUCAAAUCGAUACGAAAUCCGGAUGUCAAGUUCACAGCGUGAAGAAGGUAAGUUUCGCAAGUUGUUGCAUAUGUAUAGUUGCUACAUAACAAGGAAAGGAUGAGAAAGAAAAGUGAAGAUAUGAAUGAAUAAUAAGUUAUCCAGACUUGAGAUACACUACUAUUUUAAGUUUCUUUUGUACUGUAACUAAGAGUAGCUUUGCAAUGUCUAUUGUUUAUUCAUUUUCCGAAUUAUUAUUUUAUUGUAAUUGAUCAAGAGCCAAAAAAGAUGCAAUCCGAAUCCACUAAACAACACCUUUGUUGAUGCA